AUGGAGGGUCAGGACAGUCGAGCUCGAGUUCGAGCCCACUCCCAUGGCAAUUUAAAUAACAAUGGUAGGCCUCCCUUGCUCCCGAUAGAAGGUGGCGCCACCACCACCGUAACAACUGGCGUCCUCCCUGCGAAUCACAAUAGUAAAGAUACAACAAGUAAACACCAGCACUUCAAACUGUACAAACCUGCCAAGGUAUUGACGCAGUUUGUGUUCACCCAUCGAACACGCAAAAAGAGAACCUUGUUGGGAGAUGUCCUCCGUGGCACUCCCACUUGCACUGCCGAUUCGAGUGAACCAGUACCGAUACCAUUGAAAUGGCCCAUGGGAACCAUGGCCAUUGGUCGGUUGGACGAAGAUUCCGAAGGGUUGCUCCUCCUGACCACGGAUGGAACCGUAUCGGAGAGGGUGCGUCGCACAUCGGUCGAGAAGGAAUACUGGGUCCAACUGGAUGGACAGAUCACCGAACAAGCCCUUCACCGGCUUUGUCAUGGAGUGCCAAUUUCCCUGCCGACAGGGCCCAAAUGCGACAAGGAUCAGGGGGACAGGUCCACGUACACGUACACGUACACGACCCUGCCGUGUCAAGCUCGUGUUUUGGAUACCGUCGUCGUCCGCGUAAACGCAACGAGCACCACAGCAACUACCAAGGCAAAGAAUCCCUCUGCAGGGCCAGUGGCAGUAUCCAAACGAAAGAGAAAGAGAAACUUUGGGGGGACCUGCAACACAUGCGGCAAGACGGGCCACAAGGCAAAGGACUGUGAUCAAAAUCCAGUGGAUGUAUCCAAUGUGACGACAACAAAACUAUUAAAUGCCAAGAGCGUGCGUGUACCACCCGGUAUUGCUCCACCAUCCUCCAACCUACACAUACGAGACGAAUCCUCGCGGCAUGGGCCCACCAGCUGGAUAUCCAUCACCAUCCGAGAAGGAAAGAAUCGACAAGUGCGACGCAUGACGGCCGCUGUGGGAUUUCCGACACUCCGAUUAAUCCGGGUUCGAAUUGGAUCGAUUGCACUGGAUGGCAUGGUAGCAGGAGACGUCAGGGAGAUCGCGGAGGAACUAGAGAAGCUGGAGUGA